UGGGAGGCGGGCUCAAAUACGAUCGGAAGCCAUCUUGAAGGUUCGGAUGAGAAGAAGCCUCAUUCGUGCUCUCGGCUUAGUCAGCUACAAAUUGACACAGCUUAAAAAUAUAUGUUGAAAAACAAAAGACGAUUUUCUUCGCUUACUGAGGGUUUGUAUAAAUCCACUGUUGAGGACGCAGCGGCUCGGAGCUACCGGAGAUGGCCAGCUCUAACAAGUCGACCAGUCCUUGAGAAGCCAGCUAAUCCCUCCCAGAGUUUGGAUUCCAGACACCUGCUGUCAAGCGCCACACUUGCUAAAACCGAACUGCUUAUUAAGCCUCUAUUCCCAACAGAAAUCUGUUCAAAAACAUGAAAGGGAUUUUUUAUUAUUUAUUUAUUUUUUUUGCUUCAUGUCCCACAAAUGGCAACAUUGUGUAGUUAGAGGCAGGGAUAAAUAUUUGGACACAUUGUAUAGAAAACACAUCCCUGAGAGGGAAGGACUACUUUUGUGAGUGUUUCCAGCUGAGUGGAUUCACUCCCCACUUGAGGUUCAUCGUUGUUGGACUGAGACGCUAAGGAGGAAACAUGAGCACUGCCAGGACGGAGAACCCGGUCAUCUUGGGCUUGUCGAACCAGAAUGGACAACUUCGGGGCUCAGUGAAGCCGACCGGAGCGCCGGGUGGCGGCGGCGGAGGCCUCCAGCAACAGCCGCUAAAUCAGAUGAAAGGCACAAUUAAUGGCAAACCCCUAACUGCUCCUGCGACUAACUCUGUCAUCAAGCCUGGAGAUGACUGGAAGAAAAAUUUGAAAUUGCCCCCAAAGGACAUGAGGAUGAGAACUUCGGAUGUGACGGCGACAAAAGGCAACGAGUUUGAAGAUUACUGCCUCAAGAGGGAGCUGCUUAUGGGCAUCUUUGAGAUGGGCUGGGAAAAGCCGUCUCCCAUCCAGGAGGAAAGCAUUCCCAUCGCGUUGUCGGGGAGGGAUAUCUUGGCCAGAGCCAAGAACGGCACAGGGAAGAGUGGAGCCUACCUCAUUCCCUUACUUGAACGCAUUGACCUGAAGAGGGACUACAUACAAGCAUUGGUCAUAGUGCCCACCAGAGAACUGGCUCUGCAGGUAAGCCAAAUAUGUAUCCAGGUCAGCAAACACAUGGGGGGCGUGAAGGUGAUGGCAACCACGGGUGGAACCAACCUACGCGAUGACAUCAUGAGACUGGAUGAAACGGUUCAUGUGGUCAUUGCCACUCCAGGGAGGAUUUUAGACCUCAUCAAGAAAGGAGUGGCCAAAGUCAGUCAAGUGCAGAUGAUUGUUCUUGAUGAGGCUGACAAACUCCUGUCUCAGGACUUUGUGGUCAUGAUGGAAGAGAUUCUGGGCUUCCUCUCCAAACAGAGACAGAUUUUGCUUUACUCUGCUACCUUUCCCCUAAGCGUCCAGAAGUUUAUGAAUUCGCACCUGCAGAAGCCCUAUGAGAUCAACCUCAUGGAGGAGCUCACAUUGAAGGGGGUGACUCAGUAUUACGCCUACGUCACCGAAAGGCAAAAAGUUCAUUGCCUCAACACCUUGUUCUCCAGGCUCCAGAUCAACCAGUCUAUAAUCUUCUGCAACUCCUCUCAGAGAGUGGAGCUCCUUGCCAAGAAGAUCUCCCAGCUCGGUUACUCGUGUUUCUACAUUCAUGCCAAGAUGAGACAGGAACAUCGCAACCGUGUGUUCCAUGACUUCCGAAAUGGUCUCUGUCGAAAUCUCGUCUGCACUGACCUCUUCACAAGAGGAAUAGACAUUCAAGCUGUGAAUGUUGUAAUCAACUUUGACUUCCCGAAGCUGGGAGAGACGUACCUUCAUCGCAUUGGCAGAUCUGGCCGAUUUGGACACUUGGGUCUGGCCAUCAACCUGAUCACAUAUGAUGAUCGCUUCAACCUGAAAGGCAUUGAAGAACAGUUGGGAACAGAGAUCAAGCCCAUCCCCGGCAUCAUCGACAAGAGCUUGUAUGUGGCAGAGUACCACAGUGAGAGUGGCGAAGAAGUUAAGCCAUGAGCCAAUCAGUCCAUCCUCCAUUCCCCUUUGGACCCACCCCAACUUGUAUUUUUUUCCCCCUUUAACAUAUGGAGUCUUUUUUUAUUUUUAUUUUUUAUUGCCUUCAUCGGGAAUGCGAACUUUGUCAGAUGCAUUUUGGAAGAACUCAUUUCCCUUUUCAUGGGGCUCAAUGCUGCACUGCUUCCACUGAAGACACUCCUUCCUACCAUGUCCCCUCCCAAAGAGGAAAGUGCGGGACCAAAUGGAAGGCAUAUCCCGACAUGCAGAGGUGACUCUUUGUCCAACUCGAAGCCAGCACCCACAUAGCCCCACUUCCAAAAAAAUGAACCUCCAUCUGCCAUUUUUGUUCUUGUUUUGGAGCCAUUUUGUAUGAAGUGCCUUAAGAAGCAGUCCAACUCGUUGUGAAGUAAUAACCCUCGUCGUCAUCAAUCAUAACCACUUUUUCAUUUCUGCUCGUCCGGGGGCCUGCUGCGCUUCAGUCUGGCUUAACAUUGCAAGACAAACUUGGAUCCCCCCGUGAACAGAGAUGCUGGAGUUUUUUUGUUUUUGUUUGUUUUUUUAUUAUUUUAACUACACCAAGAAAGCCAGACUGUUCGUUUUUUGAGUUAAGAAAAAUUUGCUUCGAGAAGAGCCCUACACUUUCCUCUUGUCUUCAGUGGCAGCCGAACAAAACUUGGAUGAUGGUGCAGCCAGUCAACAAAUUGAGUUUUGAGGAUUCCUUAACCAGUGGAGUUUUUUAUUUUAAAUUCAUUUUUUGUUUUGUUUUUUUUUGUUCCGCUCCCUCCUUGCUCACCUUCCUAUGGAUGGCCGUGUUUAACUCUGUGAGCCUGUGUAAAUACCUUCAUUUUAAGAUUGUUUUAGACAAGUUAAUGACAAGGCUGGUUGGCAACACAAUACCAAGCCUCCCCACACAUACUUGUUGGCACUGGAGACUUUGAUUACUGCCUAUUGGCCUGUGAGUUUAUUUAUAAUUUUAGAAAUGCCAGAAUUUAGAAUUCUAAAGCAAAAGACCUCUUUGCAUGAAGUGUCAUUGAGGCCAAGUGUCAUUUGAAAGUUGCAUUUAAAUUGAUUAGUCAUGCGAUCUUUUGCCAGCCUCAACGUGACGAUCGGAUCACAUCGUCCGACUCGCUGCAGUGCAGCUUUCCUUGGCGGAUGCUUUGUUUUUCCCUUGGCCUGUUACAUAUAGUUAUACGAGGAGGAAGAAGGCAGCCAUUUUGAUUUAAACAAGAAUGUCGAGUAGAAAAGCAUCCAAGUGACUCAUCCUACCUGGAAGAAAAAUGUAGCAGGAAGUCACUCUCUGCGCGGAGACGUUUUAAAAAAACAAAAAACAAAAACAACACAAAAAUAACCCGGGCCAGGUUGGCACUUAUAACGCACACAGUUGAUUUCAGGCAAUAACACGGACGGCUUUUUGUACCCGCCAUGCCAGCACGAAGAUGUUGGUGAAGAGUCCUUAAGAUGGGGGGAGGGGGGGAGUUAGGGGAAUGGCUGUGAUGGAUUACUAAAUGACUUGGACUGCAAACUCAUACCGAGUUACUGGCUUAUAUUUUGCUGCCCUUUGUUUGUGUCUUGUUUGUUUUAUGUGUGGGGUUUGGGUAUACGUCCUUAUGAAAACCUGAUUUUGCACAAAA